UUUCUAUAUUAAAUACUGAAUAAUAUUAUUUUUUUAUAACUAACCAUAAAUCUGUAUACGUAACAGAUUUCUCUAAAACAUUGUAAAACUUGUUUUAUUAAUAAAUGUCGAAGCCAAAAGGAUUUGUUUAUAAAAAUACUCAACACACACGAGUCAUGAAUUUAAAAUACAAAGCGAAAUACAAACGUCUGAAACAGCAAAUAAAGGAUAUGAUUUUUGAAAACGCAGCCCUUUGUGAUGAAGUUGCCGAAGUUCAAAGAGAUAUCAUUAUAGCGCGGGAAAAUAGAAAGUUUUUAGCAGAACGGUUGAUGCGUCAUGAAGGUUAUGAACCUGUAAAUAAAGUACCAAAAAGACAACAAAAACGUCAACAACCAAAAACUAAAGCGCAGCCAAAACAACAGCAGAAAAAACCGACGAAACAAGAAAACUCUUUACUUAAAAAUCAAGUCAUUCCUUCAAUAAAAGCCAAUACCUUUAAUCCUCCAAACAUACCAAAAAAACGUGGACCUAAAAAACGUGUAAUCGAGACCAAAAUUAUUAAAGUCGAUAAACGCUCCGUAAGGUUACGAAAUGAAAUAACAUUGGAUGCAAACGGAAAGCCAAUAUUUCCACUCAAUUUGUGUAACGUUUUAGUUCAUUCAGCUGGAGAAAUCAUAACAAGCAAUCCAAAUUUUCACACAACGAACUGGAUAUAUCCUGUGGGAUUUAUUUCGACGCGUAUUUAUGCACAUCCAAAAAAUCCACAGAAUAAGUGUGUUUACACUUGUAAAAUACUUAACAACGCUGGAAUCCCACAAUUUCAGAUAAUACCAAAUAAUGAUCUUGAUAGUAUAUUUGUUGGUGAUACUCCUAGUGUAUGUCAUCAAAAUAUUUUAGAGGCCUUACAGCGUACUUUGGCUGGAAUUGUUAGUUUACCAUUAUGCGUAAAUGGAGAAAAAUUUUUUGGUUUGUCAAAUCCUUCAGUAAUUGCUUUAUUAAAAUUGGAUCCUGGUUAUAAAAGCUUGAAAAACUUUAAAGGACUUAAUACAGGUAAAAAAAAUAAAUUUAACUUGCCAGAAGAGAAGGAUCCCACUAUAAAUUUUGAUGCGCUACAAUCCUUAAUUGCAUUAUCUGCAUAUAACACUGUUCCGGAGAUAAGAGAUCAACCACCUGAUGUUUUAUUGGAGCUAAGUUGAAGCGUGUG